GUUGUGGAAAUUACUUAGAAAAUAAAACACUUAGGAGCCAGAAACGCCGACAGUAGAUAUUCGCUAAAAGAAAUAAAAUUAAAAGGAGCAUAAAAGAAGAGACCAGGAGAUUUACACAAAAAUCAAUCAAAAUGAUAGCGAAAUUUGUUUUCAUUUUAUCCAUCUCCUUGUUUGGCUUUAUUUCCGCCCAACAACACAUCAAUGUCGAUGAGUUGUGUUCUUUGGCACCCAAUGCCUUGAUUUUGCAGCCCAAUAGCUGUUCGGAUUGGUUAAGAUGUCCCAGCAGUCCCGGUGCCAGCGAUAUGGAAGAUGGUUCUUGUGUGUUUGGUUUGUAUUUCAAUAAGGAUACGGGUAAAUGUGAAUACAAAGAUACGGUUGAGUGUCCGUUUGAAUCGAGAUCCAAAAAUGUGUGCACUGGUGAAGCUGAUGAUUCCUUUGUGGCCGUUAAGGAUGAAUGCAAUGCUUAUAUUUACUGCAAUAAGGGUGAAGAAAUAAAAUCCUAUUGUCCUAGCAAUUUGGUAUUCAAUCCCAUUAGCAAAUCCUGCGUUUACGAGAGUCAAUACAAGUGUCCCGUAUCGAAGCCCUCAGCCGAGAAUAAUGCCUUGUGCAAAUCCUUGCCCGAUGGUUUGUUCUUUGCCGAUAAACAGGAUUGCACCAAAUACAGCCAGUGUACAAAUGGUGAGAUGCAAACCUACUCCUGUAAUAGCAGUUAUGCUUGGGAUUAUGUCAAGGGUACUUGCGUCUCUAUUGAUAAUGUGGUCUGUUUACCAUCGGCCAAGAAACCCGAACCAGAACUUAAAGUUUGUAUCAACAGAGUAGGUCCAAUCUCGGAUGGCAUUUCAUGCAGUGGUUAUUAUUUCUGCAAGAAAAUGUCCAAUGAUACACAUGAUCGUAAACCAGAACAUUUUAAUUGUCCUGCUGGUAGCUUCUUCGACCAACAGACCAACUCGUGUCGCGAUCGUUUGAAUGUGAAAUGUACAUUGAAUCGUUGUGAAGGCAUGGGCAAUAAGUACGUGAAUAUGGCCGGUGAUUGUAGAAAAUAUAUUUUAUGCCAAAAUGGUACACCAUUUACCAAUGGCACUUGUCCCAAUAGCUAUUAUUUCGAUGAACGCACUCAAGGUUGCACACCUCAGGUGGUAAAUUAUGCUGCUUGUAUGGCUUAAUACUAUGUAGUAAAUAAUAAGAUCAUAUCUUUAAUAAAAAUAAUAUAUUGAAAAUGAAA